ACCCGAUGGUCUUUCCGCUGCUGUUGGACGUCAGUGUCCCCCGGUGUUUUGACAGCUGUUAUACAGUUUCGUCCUCGCCGUCACCAUGUCCCACUUCCUCACUUUAACCCGGUUCGGUAUCACGUCUUUGUCCGCUCGAACCAUUCGGAGGUUUCCACCAUGCCAACGAGCCCUGAGCAGUUGUGUCUCGCGCUCUUUGACGCGGGACUCCCAGGUUGAACCGAAGCAGAGGUGGAGCAGUCGGCCCAAUCUGUGGCGUCCUCAGCAGGCGUUCCCUCGGCUCAAGCAGCAGUCUUACUACAGUACGCAUGAUGCUGAGAAGGAGCCCGAGGAGGAGCCUUUGCACACCAUCAUCAGCGAUGCAGAGACUGUGCAAGGCAGCUUCUCCAAACAUGAAUUUAAAGCUGAGACCAAGAAGCUUCUGGACAUUGUUGCCAGGUCUCUGUACUCAGAGAAGGAGGUGUUCAUCAGGGAGCUUAUCUCCAACAGCAACGAUGCUCUGGAAAAGCUGCGCCACCAACUGAUGACCUCGGGCAACCAGAUGGCUCCCAUGGAGAUCCACCUGCAGACGGACGCUGCCAAAGGCACCUUCACCAUACAGGACACAGGAGUGGGGAUGAACCAAGCAGAGCUUGUUGCAAACUUGGGAACCAUCGCUCGCUCUGGUUCAAAGGCCUUCUUGGAGGUGCUGCAGAACCGGGUGGAGGCCAGCAGCGCCAUCAUCGGGCAGUUUGGCGUCGGCUUCUACUCGGCCUUCAUGGUGGCCGACUGUGUGGCUGUGUACUCGCACUCCGCCGAGCCCGACUCACCCGGAUACAAGUGGUCCUCAGAUGGCUCGGGGGUCUUUGAGGUGGCCGAAGCCAGCGGCGUCCAGCCAGGAACGAAGAUUGUACUGUGCCUCAAAGACGACUGCAAGGAGUUUGCCUCCGAGGACAGGGUGAAAGAUGUGGUGACCAAGUACAGCAACUUUGUCAGUUUCCCCAUCUUCCUCAACGGUCGCCGGCUCAACACUUUGCAGGCCCUGUGGAUGAUGGAGCCCAAAGAGAUCAGCGAGUGGCAGCAUGAGGAGUUUUACCGCUACGUGGCGCAGGCGUACGACAAGCCGCGCUACAUGCUGCACUACCGCGCCGACGCCCCGCUCAACAUUCGCAGCAUCUUCUACGUCCCAGAAACAAAGCCGUCCAUGUUUGACGUGAGUAGGGAGAUGGGCUCCAGCGUGGCGCUCUACAGCAGGAAGGUCCUUAUCCAGACCAAAGCCGCCGACAUCCUGCCCAAGUGGCUGCGCUUCCUCCGCGGCGUGGUGGACAGCGAAGACAUCCCGCUCAAUCUGAGCAGAGAGCUGCUGCAGGAGAGUGUCCUCAUCAGGAAGCUACGUGAUGUCCUGCAGCAGAGGGUGAUACGCUUCCUGCUGGAGCAGAGCAGGAAGGAGCCGGAGAAGUACAGUAGAUUCUUUGAGGACUUCGGGCUCUUUGUGCGCGAGGGCAUCGUCACCGCCCCUGAGCAGGACGUCAAGGAGAACAUCGGCGAGUUACUUCGCUACGAGUCGUCGGCGCUGCCCGCUGGUCAACACACCAACCUGAGCGAGUACGCCUCCCGCAUGAAGGCGGGCACGCGCAACAUCUACUACCUGUGCGCCCCCAACCGCCACCUGGCAGAGUGUUCGCCCUACUUUGAGGCCAUGAAGCGGAAAGACAUGGAGGUGCUGUUCUGCUACGAGCAGUUUGACGAGCUGACCUUGCUCCACCUGAGAGAGUUUGACAAGAAGAAGCUGAUCUCGGUGGAGACGGACAUUGUGGUGGACCACUACAAGGAGGAGAUGUUUGAGGACGGCAAAUCCGCAUCGGAGCGCCUGACUCAGGAGCAUGCCGACAACCUGAUGGCGUGGAUGAAGAAUGUCCUGGGCCCUCGUGUCACCAAUGUCAAGAAAUAUCUGAUUCAGUUGACUCCCCGCCUGGACACGCACCCCGCCAUGAUCACGGUGCUGGAAAUGGGAGCCGCGCGCCACUUCCUGCGUACGCAGCAGCUGGCGCGCAGUGCUGAAGAAAGAGCCCAGAUACUGCAGCCCACUCUGGAGAUCAACUCAGGACACAAUCUCAUCCAGAAGUUACACGCGCUUAAGGACUCCGACACGGAACUGGCCGCACUGCUGCUUGAACAGAUUUACGACAACGCCAUGAUCACGGCAGGCUUGAAUGACGAUCCCCGGCCGAUGAUUUCCCGCCUCAACGACCUGCUGACAAAAGCACUGCAGAAGCAUUGAGGGUCCAAGUACACUUUACCUUACCUUUACCCUUUGAGGCUCUAAAACGCAAGUGGGACAUUCACGCUUUUCCAUGAGCCCUUUUUGGAUUUUGUUUUUUUAUUAACUAAUUUGUAAACUCCCAUCGCAUUUUCGAGGAUGGCAAACUGAAGACGGAAUGGAAAAUAAGCUGGCAGCUUCUG